AACGUGAUUCUAUUUUCUCGCAAGGGCUGACCUACAUUGUAGGGCUGUAGCCAAUCGGAAUGCUUGAACACAGUAGGCUCCCUUUUACCUCCACAUUGUAACAAUGGCGAUGUGGUCGGAGGAACGAUGUGUUCGCUUGAUUUCGCUUUGGGAGAACUAUCCGUGUCUGUUCGACACUGCACACCCAGAUUAUUUGAACCGGAAUAAGACCAAGAAUGCCUUCACUGAAAUCGCUCGUGCUGUGGGCAAUGGCAUUACAGGAAACGAUGUGAAGCAGAAAAUGCGUUCGCUAAGAACGUCUCUUCUGCAGCAACUAUGGUCAUACAACGCCCGCUGUAAAAGCGAGGCGUCUGCAUGUGAUGUGGCAGAGCCCAUAUGGCGUUUUUGGAAAGCGCUGCAUUUUCUGAGACCCUUUAUAAAAACACGAAAGGGUCAAGACAACCUGAGUUUUGCAUCAACAAAUUCCUCAGAAUCCUCAGAAAGACCCCUUGUUACAGACGAGGAAACAGGAGAUAUCAGAGUUCUCCUCACUUCUGUGGGGGCCAGCUCAGGAGAAACAGCUGAAGCAACUGCUGCCCCACCCUCACCCAAUGUGUACCAGCAAACGCCAUCACCACAGGCACCUGACUGUGCACAAAAGUGGAAAGAUGACAUAUCAGACACCCCAAGUGAAGCUGCUGCCCCACCCUCACCCAAAGUGUACGAGCAAACACCACCACCACAGGCACCUGACUGUGCACAAAAGUGGAAGGAUUACAUAUCAGACACCCCAAGUGAAGCUGUUUCCCCACCCUCACCCAAUGCGUACCAGCAAACACCACCACCAAAGGUACCAGACUGUGCAAAAAAGAGGAGGAGGGUAGAGAAAUUAGACACCACCAGUCCAGCUGCACAGGCUGUGGAGAUUCUAAAAAAUUUGCAAAAGGCAAGGGAAAAGGCAAUGGAGGAAUCAAGAAAGGCAACACAGAAUGAGUUGUUUUAUCAAAUGGUAGCUCGAACAACGGAAAACUUUCCUGAAGACAUUCGGUAUCAACUACAAUUUGAUAUAUUUAAAAUGAUACAUGAGAUUAGAGUAAAAUCACUGAAUACAAAUUCAUUAGAAAAAUAAACAUCAAUUAUCCCA